CAUGAAUAAAGCUAAUGGCUAACGCUUGUAAACUAACUACUAAAUUAUUGGGGAUUUCAGAUUUCAUAGUUAUGGCUACUAUAUUUUAGGCCGAACUCCCGAUCAAUUAAGUUCUUAAUUGCUAAUUUCGUUUAAAAAACUGUUCUUUUUAGUGUAUUUAAGUAUACAGCAUUUUAUGGUAACUCAAGUAUAAGAUCUUCACAACAAUGGCACUUCCAGCCAACUACAAGCAGGUGGCAAUGCAGGUCACAAAUACACAAUCUUCAAAUCAUUUGCUGUCGGCAGGUGCGCCCAUGACUUUCAACAUAUUGAAAGAGAGAUUAAGAGCUUCAGGAGGAGCUAGUUCUACUGCAGCGAAAGAGACGAAUCCAUUUGUUGCUUCAACUAAUGGAAAUCCUGGAUUUGUACCCCAGAAACUCGGAAAAAAUACAGCUAAAAAUGAGUCCAAAACACCCAAACCGCCGAAAGCGCCAGAAAAACCGUUAAUGCCAUACAUGCGGUACAGUCGUAAGGUAUGGGAUGCGGUGAAGGCACAACAUUCGGACCUGAAACUAUGGGAAAUAGGAAAAAUUAUUGGACAAAUGUGGAGGGAUCUUCCAGAAGAAGGAAAGAAUGAGUUUCAUGACGAAUAUGAACAAGAAAAGGUUGAAUACGAAAAAACAUUGAAAACAUAUCAUAGCUCACCCGCUUAUAUUGCCUAUAUGGCCGCAAAGAAUAAAGGAAAAUCUGUUACACAAGGUACAGAUGGAGAAACCCACGAGAGACAAAGCACUUCAGCAAAACAGCAAGCAGCCGCUGAUAGAAGAAUCGAGAUUCAACCUGCAGAAGAUGAAGACGAUCAAGAUGAUGGAUACUCAGUGAAACAUGUGGCAUAUGCCAGAUACUCAAGGAAUCACCGUCUGAUUAACGAAAUAUUUUCCGAAAGUGUCGUACCAGAUGUUAGAUCAGUUGUUACAACUGGUCGUAUGCAAGUUUUGAAACGACAGGUUCAGUCGCUGACGAUGCAUCAGAAAAAGUUGGAAGCCGAAUUACAGCAGAUCGAGGAGAAAUUCGAAGCCAAGAAGAGAAAAUUUAUUGAGAGCAGUGAACAGUUUCAAGAAGAACUUAAAAAACACUGCAAGCCAGCUGUCGAUGAAGAUACCUUCCAGAAGAUGGUUGAAAGGCAAUAUGAUAUAAUAAAGAGAGAUAAGAACAAAACUCAAGAUGAUCAUAAAGUAAAAGCAGAGGAAAAUGGCCACGUUACUUCUCCUACUACUCAGGAAAAUGGAAGUAAUCAAUCUGAACCCAUGGAACAAGACCAAUCCGAGAAAAUGGACCAAUCUCAAGGUCCUGCUGCACCAGCCGUAACAAACGGUCCCUCACCACCCCAAGCGGAAAAAACAACAAUGGACCAUCCCCAACAGUCUCCCCACCCAGUUGGCCCACCACACUAUGCCCACCCUUCAGCUGCUCAUCCAGAACACCAUCAACCACCACCACCUCCCACACAAUCUAUUCAUUCUGCACACGAACCUUCACCACCUCACAGUAGUGGAAAUAUGCACCCACAUGCUCCACCACCACAUCAGUCUGGUACGCCACAUCAUCCACCACAACAACCGCCACCGGGAGGACCUCCUUUAAACGUGCCACCACAAGGUCCCCACGGUCCCAUGCCUCCUCAUAUGCAGCAAAAUCCAGCUCAUCCGCCUUCACCUCAAGGACCACCACCACAUCAGAAUCCGAUGAUGCCACCUUCACAGGUCCCUCAACAAUAUUCUCAGCAGUAUCCGCCGCAAGGACCAAAUCCGCAGUCGGUACCUUUGCCACCUAGACCACCGCAUCCAGGCUACCCAGGUUAUCCACCGCAACAGCAACCCUAUCCUCAUCCACAAGGUGGAUAUCCACCACCAGGUCCACCUCCACCGGGUGGUCAAUAUCCUCCACAUCCCGGAUAUUAUCAUCAACAAUAUCCGCAGUAUCCUCCACAUGCUGGUGGUAGACCUGGCCCUGGUCAUCCUUAUCCAGGAAGUCCCGGUCCACAUGGAGGUCCACCUUCAGCCGAGGGUCAACCGCUACCACCACCUCCUCAAGAUGGACAGAUGUAUGGUUCCCCCCAAGCAGGACCAGGAUCUGCAGAAGCUGAACGAAGUCAGGGAUCGGAAGAUGGUGAUGAUGGAAAGAUGGAUUAUCGAAAUGUAGAAAAGGAUGAAAAAUAAGUAUAGAACAUAAUAGGCAAGGAAGUAGAUUUUUAUAUGGCAUUUUAGUUACUAAACACUUGUAAUAAAUUACUUUUAGAUUAA